AAUGUCAUCUUCAGUGGCAGCAAAUCGUGGAUUGUGGUUAGGUUAUUUUCUAACCUCGUCAUAGUUUAAAGUUUUAAUUUUAACAGUAGUUUUGUGUGGAACCUAUUACUAUAUUUUCAUUACUGUUCAGGAUAACUUGUGAUCAAAUAUUAGGCGAUGAGGCAAACUAUUUGCUUUCGGAUUGUCAGUUCAUUUUUGACAACCAAGAUGAGAAGUCAUACAUAUUAUGAGUCGAUGGGCGCGGCCAGAAUCAUGGCCCAAAUAAUAGAUGGGAAGGCGCUCGCUAAAGAAAUCAAAGAUGAAUUGAAGAUUAAAAUUCAAAGCUAUAUUAACUUAGGCAACCGUGCACCGUCUCUACGUUGUAUUAUAGUUGGUGAAGAUCCCGCAAGUCACACAUAUGUUAGAAAUAAAAUAAAAGCGGCAAUAGACGUUGGAAUUGACGCCACAACAAUAAAAUAUGAUGCAACAUUGAGUGAAGAUGAAUUGAUUACAGCGAUCAACUGUUUGAAUACCGAUGUAAAUGUUGAUGGUAUUCUUGUACAAUUGCCAUUACCAGGAACAAUGGAUGAAAGGAAAGUGUGCAAUACGGUCGCACCGGAAAAAGAUGUUGAUGGUUUUCAUAUAGUCAAUGUUGGUCAACUUUGUCUUGAUAUGCCAACGUUUGUGCCGGCUACUGCGCUUGCUGUUGUUGAGAUUUUAAAAAGGUAUAAAAUAGAUACGUUCGGUCGGAAUGCGGUAGUUGUCGGUCGUUCGAAGAAUGUCGGCAUGCCGAUCGCUAUGAUGCUACACAGCGAUGGCAAACAUGAUAGCGCAUUAGGUAUGGAUGCGACCGUGACAGUCUGUCACAGAUAUACACCAGCGGAACAACUGGAGUUCUUCUGCCGUAACGCUGACAUUAUUAUAACUGCUACUGGUGUUCCUAAAUUAAUAAAGGCAACAAUGAUAAAGCCCGGCGCUACAGUUAUAGAUGUAGGAAUUACAAGAGUUACGGAUGAACAAGGGAAGACGAAACUCGUCGGUGACGUUGAUUACGAAGAGGUUAGUAAAAUUGCUGGAGCAAUAACCCCAGUUCCUGGCGGCGUGGGUCCUAUGACAGUCGCGAUGUUAAUGCACAACACGUUACAAGCCGCUCAGAGGCUUGCGAGAAAGAAUUGAACACGUUUAUACCUACGUGACCAAUCUACGUUAACUAAUCAGUAUCGAUAAGAUAUUUUUCUCGAAUAUGUGGAAAUCUUAUUUCCGAUUAUUAUGUAUUUCACAUGUUAAAUUAUUUCAAUACUGACAAGAAAAAACUUUAUGAAAUAGGUUUUUUUUCUAUUUCUGUUUUUAAUAUACUCAGAAGUAAAAUGUACGCGAAAUUGUGCCUUUAUAUGUGAAUAGGAUAUAUCUGGUAGCAUUUAAGAAAAGUAUUAUAAGUUAAGUAGUACUUUAUUUAUUAGUUUAUUUAUGUUAGUUGUUAUCCCAACAUUUUCCUAAAAUACAUUCCUCAUAAGUUUUUUUGGAAUGGCUGUGAUUUAUUUAAAAUCAUUAAACUACUUUUUACAACAAAAAAAAAUGUAAAAAUAUGUACAAAAUAUUUUGUUUUCAUUAAAAUAAAAAUUUAUUAUUACAGAGACCAAAUAAAUUAAAAUUUGUCUUGAUUAUUAAAAAAAAAUCCUGUCAAUUUACGUAAAACUAAUCGUAUUUACAUUAAGCAAUGUAAUAAGAAAAUUUAUCAAAAUAAAUGUUUGUUUAAU